GGAGUGACUUAUUGGACCCGACCCUAUCGCUCACCAUCCACCUGUCUGCAGUUAUCUUCAUCCCUAACUCUGAAUUUUCUAUAAAUAUGACCUCCGUGAAACCUCGUCCUUCUGCUGCAUCAAUAAGCAGAACUGGCCACGUUCAAGAAGUGGCCAUUAACCGCAUGGUCAGAUUUCUACGAGAAGACCAAGAUGAAGAGCAGGAGAAAGGCCCUGAAUCCUGGGGCGAUGCUCUAGCGAACAAGUUCUAUUCCAACCUGUGGAAAGAAUACGCCCUUUGUGAUCUGAAACAUUAUAAAUCUGGAAAUUUUGCUUUGAGAUGGCGAACCGAGGAUGAAGUAGUGUCGGGGGUGGGCGAGACAACUUGUGGAAAUACUAGAUGCAGGCACCAUGACCCAUCUAAAUUCCAAGAUCGGCCCACUUCUCAUGAAAGCAACAAAGGAAAGUCAUUGCACACUUUGGAAUUACCUUUCGGAUAUGUUGAACAAGGCGAGGCGAAAGCAGCCCUGGUCAAAGUUGUCCUAUGUGACAAAUGCGUCAAGAAGAUUAUGUGGAAAAGAGGAAAGGAGAAAGAAGUUGCGA